ACAAUUGUUUCACUUCUCGUUUCUCACAUCCCUUUCUAGAGAAUGGAGCUGCAAGACCCUCCAUCAACAAUGACUAAUCACACCAUUCUUCACCACCCUAAUGAUACUGCCCUCCCUGGGCUUCUCUUUCUCCUGAUGGGUUUCCCUGGACUAGAAUCCACCCCAUAUUGGCUGGCAUUCCCUGUGGCCACAGCCUACCUGCUGUCCAUUCUUGGGAAUGGGGCCGUCCUCUUUGUCAUAAUCACGGAAACAGCCCUCCAUUCCCCCAUGUACACCUUCCUUGGCCUGCUAGCUGCCUGUGACUUGGGCUUGGCCACAGCCCUCCUGCCCACAAUGCUCCGUGUCUUCCUCCUUGGAUCAAGGGAGAUCAGUGUGGAUGCUUGCCUCUCCCAGCUCUUCUUCAUCCACACGUUCUCCAUCAUGGAGUCCUCUGUGCUCUUGGCCAUGGCCUUUGACCGCUUUGUGGCCAUCUGCUACCCUUUGAGAUACACCUCCAUCUUGACCAGCUCCAGGCUGGUCCACAUUGGCUUGGCCAUUGGCUUCCGGGGUGUGGCCUUGCAUGUGCCAAUCCCCUUUCUUCUCAAGAGGCUGACUUACUGCCACCAUAUGAACGCCCUUUCUCACUCAUACUGCCUGCACCCGGAUGUGAUGAAGCUGGCCUGCCACAAGUCCAGCAGGGAUGGCAUCUACGGGCUCUUAGUAGUGUUCUCCACUAUGGGUCUAGACCCACUGCUCAUCGUCUUGUCUUACAUCUGGAUCUUGAAGACCGUUGUGGUCAUCACCUCACUGGAUGAGCGCCACAAAGCUCUCAACACCUGUGCCUGCCACAUCUCCGUGGUCCUGCUCUUCUACACCCCCAUGUUGGCAUUGUCCUUGAUCAGCCACCUCAAGCUCCACACCCCACCCUGCCUCCACAUUCUGUUGUCCUACAUCCACUUCCUGGCCCCACCUUUGUUCAACCCCGUGCUCUACUGUGUCAAAAUGAAAGAGAUGCGCCAAAGGAUAUCUGCAAAGCUCUUCUUGACCCAAAGGGCCCAUUGGGAAGGCUGA